UCCCCGUGAUCCAUGGAAAGUGAAAGGGAAUUCGCCGGGCGCCUUGCCAGGUGCGGAGAUGGCGACUCUGUGGGGACGGAGGGCAGGGACCAUGGGGCUGCGGGGUCUCCUCAUCCCCCUCCUCAUCCUCGGGGUGGCCGAUUCCCAGCUGGUCCUGUCCGUGGGCCCCUCCCCGGUGAGGGCUGCGCUGGGCUCCGACAUCCAGCUGCCCUGCACCUUCGCCGUCAGGGAGCCCUUUGAGAUCACUAAGUUCUACCUGGCCUGGUCUCUGGGGGGCCACAGGGUGGCGGAGUACGUCAAAGGACAGAAAGUCUCCCAGCAGGGAUCAGAGCUUUUCCCCCAGGAGCUGAGCCAGGGAAACUGCUCCCUGCUGCUGCACCAAGUGGCCGUGCAGGACGGAGGCAGAUACACCAGCACCAUCAUCUACACGCCCGACAAGGAGGAGAAGCAGCUGGAGCUGCAGGUGACGGCUGCUCCCAGAGUCUCCAUCCCCCGGAAAACAGGGGUGUUAAACGCAGCGAGCUCCUUCCCCUGCCACGUGCGGGGAUUCUACCCCGGGGACGUCACUGUCGCCUGGCUGAGAGACGGGCGGGUUCUGGCCGACGCCAUCCGCUCUGCCCCCCAGAGGAACCCGGACGGGACCUUCAACCUCACCCUGACCUACACCUUCACCCCCACCGCGAGCGACUCUGGCAGCCUCUUCUCCUGCCGCGUCAGCCACGCGGCUCUGGCUCAGCCCCUGCGGGAGGAGUUCGCCCUGGUUAUUGGAGCUGCUCCGAGAAUCUCUUUUCCCAGGCGAUCGGCCAUAAGAAAUACGGAGACCUACUUCCCCUGCCACGUGUGGGGAUUCUACCCCGGGGACGUCACCGUCACGUGGCUGAGAGACGGGCGGGUUCUGACCGACGUCACCCGCUCUGCCCCCCAGAGGAACCCGGACGGGACCUUUAACCUCACUGCAGUUUACAUCUUCACCCCCAUUGAGAGCGACUCCGGCAGCAUCUUCUCCUGCCACGUCAGCCACGCGGCUCUGGCUCAGCCCCUGCGGGAGGAGUUCCCCCUGGAUGUCACAGGGGCGCAUGGUUCCGUCCCGGUGCUCGCAGCAUUGCUGGGGCUCUCGGUAACACUGGCCGCGGUGACGACAGCCUUAGCCACUUACUUCUGGUGCAGAUGGAAAGGCCGCUGUGCCCCCACCAGCACCAAUAGGAAAGUUCCCAACUCCGACUCCAAGGUACCAGAUGGGAAAGUCUCCUACUCCGUCUCCAAGGUGCUGGGGCCGGCGCGGUGUCUCCUGGGACAGGAGGUGACCCUGAGCUGCGUCAUGGGGGGGACGUUCCCCGAGGACACGGCUGUGACGUGGGAGCGGAUACACGGAGAGGACAGGACGGUGAUCGGGACUGACGGGGUCAGCGAGGCCGGGGAGGGGCCUGAGCUCCAGCCGCUGUUACACCCCCAGCCCCACGGCUGGAGAUCAACACAGGAGAGAUCAGGGACCUGCCUCACGGCCUCCCUGAGCUUCACCCCCACGGUGCAGGACGACGGGGCGCGGGUCAGGUGCAGCUUCCACCACGAGGCCAGAGGGAUCCGAGAGCAGCGAGAGUCCGGGGAGAUCCGGCCAUGGGCCCGGCCGCAGGUGUCCGAGAUCCAGGUGUUACCGGAGUGGGAGCCCCGGGAGGAGGUGCCGUUUGCCGUCCAGAUCCAGAACUUUUACCCCAGGGGGAUUCACCGGAUCCAGUGGCGCUGUGAUGGGAAACCCUGGAAAAAGUGUGAACCAACCGACUGCAGCCAGAACCCAGAUCUCACGUUCAGCGCGACCAGCGUCUGGAGAAUCCCCAGUGACCAAAUCACCCGUCCGGAAUUUACAGUCACCGUGUCUGUUCAGCAAACCCCUCAAAGCCCCCCGAUCGAGAGAGAGAUCAGAGCCGGGGACACAGGUCUCCUGCGGCCCCCGGAGGUGUCGGAAAUCUCCCAACCCGAGCCCGUGACGGCGGGGAAGGAAAUCACCCUGAGCUGCCGCAUGGCAGGGCAUUUCCCUGGGGUGCUGUGUGUGACCUGGCUCAGCACGCAGAUAUCACGUACAAGCUCUCGAUUUGAGGAACAGGACAAGAGAGUCACCCUGGUUCCUUUAGAAAACUCUCCCGUGUACAGAAUCGAGCCCGGAGCUCCCCACACACAGGACGGGAAAAGCUUCCAGCAGGAGACGAGACUCCGCUUCACCCCCUCGGUGCAGAGAGACCAGGGGGCAGAGUAUGUCUGCCGGGUGGGACACGGCGCACUACGGACCCCCCUGGAGAGACACAGCAGGGAGCUGCAGGUGACAGUCCCACAGGCUCCAGUUCUGUACGAGAUCUCCCCGUCAGAGGCCCUGGCCCCCGGGAAGCAGGUAACAUUGAGCUGCCAAAUAUCCGGGUUCUACCCCAAGGAGCCGAGGCUGACCUUGAACCAACAGGGAAGGGGAGAGCCAGUGUUCAGUUGCUCAGAGAACCUGGAUACCCACAAGAUUGUCACCCCAGACCCCACAGCCGCGCCAGACAGAAAAUCCUACAGCGUAACGUCCCAGCUCCGCUUCACCCCCUCGGUGCCCGAGGACCACGGGGCAGAGUACCUGUGUUCCGUGGAACAUCAAACCCUGCAGGAGCCUGAAGGAAAAUCCACUGGGCCGCUGGAGCUCCGAGUCCCACAGGCUCCAGUUCUGUACGAGAUCUCCCCGUCAGAGGCCCUGGCCCCCGGGAAGCAGGUAACACUGAGCUGCCAAAUAGCCAGGUUCUACCCCAAGGCGCUGAGCGUGACCUGGUACCGACAGAAAAGAGGAGAGCUGGUGUUCCGGUGCUUAGACACUCUGGGCACCCACAAGAUUGUCACCCCAGACCCCACAGCCGCGCCAGAUGGGAAAUCCUACAGCGUGACGUCCCAGCUCCGCUUCACCCCCUCGGUGCCCGAGGACCACGGGGCAGAGUACCUGUGUUCCGUGGAACAUCAAACCCUGCAGGAGCCUGAAGGAAAAUCCACUGGGCCGCUGGAGCUCCGAGCCCGGCCACAGGUGUCCGAGAUCCAGGUGUUACCGCACUGGGAGCCCCGGGAGGAGGUGCCGUUUGCUGUCCAGAUCCAGAACUUUUACCCCAGGGAGAUUCACCGGAUCCAGUGGAGCUGGGACAGAGCAGGGAGCGGGAGAGACGAGACCCCAGAAAUCAGCCAGAACCCGGAUCUCACGUUCAGCGCUACCAGCAUCUGGAGAAUCCCCAGCCGGGGACUGAACCGUCCGGAGCUCAGAGUCCGAGUGUCCGUUCAGCAAAGCCCCCGAGAGCCCCCGAUCGAGAGAGAGAUCAGAGCCAGGGACACAGGUCUCCUGCGGCCCCCGGAGGUGUCGGAAAUCUCCCAACCUGAGUCAGUGACGGCGGGGGAGGAAAUCACCCUGAGCUGCCGCAUGGCGGGGCAUUUCCCUGGGGUGCUGUGUGUGACCUGGCUCAGGAGGAACACGGGGACUGGGGCGACUGUUCGUAUACCGAACUCGGCCGAGUACAGCAUCGAGCCCGGAGCUCCCCACACACAGGACGGGAAAAGCUUCCAGCAGGAGACGAGACUCCGCUUCACCCCCUCGGUGCAGAGAGACCAGGGGGCAGAGUACGUCUGCCGGGUGGGACACGUCAUCCUACUGACCCCAGUGGAGAGACGCAGCAGGGAGCUGCAGGUCACAGAAUAAAGGGGCCGGCGUAGAAGGGCUGGGUGGUACUUGGCCUGCACCAGUUACCGUCUCUGAGGAGAAAAGCAAAGCAGAGCCACUGGUGGCCAGGCAGUCUGACUCUCCUGGGGAGCUCACGGCGUAGGCAGGAUGCUGGGCAGCCUGGAAAUACGCCGGUCAGGAGGGAGAGCCAUGCAGAUCCCCACCCAAGAGAGGUGACGGCUGAGAGCGGGUGCUGUUGCUGGACCACGAUGGGGGACACAGGUGAACUGGGACGUACAUGGUGGCUGGGCAGCCCACCUGGAGAAAAGUAUAAACUCAGGGACACUGGCAUCACCACGGCACCUCUCCUCCCCCGCCCCCUCACUGAAGGCAACAGGGUCGUUUGAAAGACAAAGAAACAUUUGAACUGGGGGGGGUCCUAACGGGAAAAGCUUUCCAGUUAGCACCGGCUGCUGUUGGUUUUUGGGUAAGAGAAACCUUAUUGCUCCAAAUUUGACUCAG